AUGCCCAACGACGACACAUUUAGGAAGCCCUCGGUACCGUCGGAGGCCCCGCACGUUCCCGGGGCACAGAUGCAGAGCAAGGCCGAGGGCUUCGGCAAAACAGCGGGGAUGCUGCUGGGGAGCGCCGGCGGCUCAGGCUCCGAGGGCGGCGUCGGCGUCUCGGGUUCCGGGGCGUCGGGCAUGGGCGCCACGAGCAAGAAGUCCCCGCGGCUGCCCAAGUGCGCGCGAUGCAGAAACCACGGCUACGCGUCGCCGCUCAAGGGCCACAAGCGCUUUUGCAUGUGGCGGGACUGCCAGUGUAAGAAGUGCAACCUGAUCGCCGAGAGACAGCGCGUGAUGGCCGCGCAGGUGGCCCUGAGAAGGCAGCAGGCCCAGGAGGAGGAGCUGGGAAUCAGCCAUCCCAUCCUGCUGCCCAGCACAGCUGAGCUGCUUGUCAAGAGAGAGAACAAUAGCAGCACCCAGUGCCUGAUGACUGAGAACAACGGCUCCUCACAGGCCCUACCCGCCAGCGCUCCCACCACAGCAGCUUCAGGUCCUGAGGGACGUAUGGUCAUCCAGGAUAUUCCCGCUGUCACCAGCAGAGGGCACAUGGAGAACACGCCUGACCUGGUUUCUGACUCCACCUACUACAGCAGCUUUUACCAGCCGUCUCUGUUCCCGUACUACAACAACCUGUACACCUACCCGCAGUACUCCAUGGCCUUGGCUGCUGAAACCUCUUCUGGGGAGGUGGGAAGUUCCCUGGGGGGAUCCACUGUGAAGAACAGCCUUCUGAGCCGCCCAGCACCUUAUGUGCCCGGUCAGGCUGGAAACCAGUGGCAGAUGAAAAACUCGGAGAACCGCCAUGCAGUGAGUUCCCAGUACAGGAUGCAUUCUUAUUAUCCGCCUCCCUCCUACCUGGGCCAGAGCAUGCCUCAGAUCUUCACUUUUGAGGACGGCCCCACUUACCCGGAAACCAAAGCAAGUGUAUUCUCACAGCACAGCAGUCAAGAUUCUGGCUUGGUUUCCCUCUCCGGCAGCUCUCCUAUUAGUAGCGAGAGCACAAAGGGAGUGCUCGAAUGUGAGUCUGCCUCGGAGCCCAGCAGCUUCACGGUCACUCCUGUCAUCGAGGAGGACAAGUAAGCAGCGCCCUGUGCCUUUGGCCGUUCACUUGGAAUAGCAGGCUUAUUCCAUUUAUACACAGGGUUUGUUGUUAAUAUUUUUCUCUUGACUUAUGCUUAAACUGUUGAGAACAUGUUUGGUUUAUUAUACUAAGAGCUUAGCCCAGAGGCCAGAACACCUUUGGAAUAGUUUAAGAUCCGUGACUAGCACCUGCAAGAAUUAAGUACUUUUGCUCACAGGGUUAAAUAGUAGAGUCCUUAAUUUUUUUAUGACACUGGUUUACAUGUAGUUUUCAAGAAAUACAAUAAUUCACUCAAGCAAAGCAGUAUGUUUGCAUCUAAAUGGGGUCUUAAUUAGAUGGUUACUUUCAAUUUUAAAAUGAAAUCUUAGAUGCUUUAGAUUUCUUUAGUAUUUUAAUAAAACUGCAAAAAUAUAAAUUUAGCCAAGUACCUGACCAGUGAGAAGAAAAGAGCAAACUUAGUGAUUAUUUUAUAAAUCUGCAGGAGGUCGGAGUAAACGAAAAUACUGUGUUUGUGUUACUGUUGGAAAAGCCUAGCCCUACUCCAUUCCCCAAAUCCAAAACAUAACUGAAACACAGUAAAAAAAAAAGUUAAAGCUCUUAGGAGUUGCUACCUUUUCUGUAAAGGGUAAUUUGAAAAUAAUACAAUUUAAAGUAAUUCCAGUAAUGCAGAGUUCCUGGGUGUUGUUUCUAGAAUAAUAUAACAGUUUAUAUCAUACACAUUUUUCUACUACAAGAAAAAAAAGGAUGCGAUCUAGACUAUUUUGUAACCUUAGGUUGUAAUCUGACUUGAAAAUAAGUACAUCUUUAAAAGUUACUACGGAUUUCUGAGUUCAUUAUUUUGUUAAAAAUUGCUUGUGGAAGUACUUCCUUAUGUAACAGAAGCCAUCCUGAAAUGAAACUAGUCUAAAAAAAAUUCAUUGUUUUGUGUAGUUGCAGCUGUACCUGAAAUAAAAAUGUUAUU